AUGGCGUUUCGCUGGUACCAGGCAAAGCUUAGGACGUCGCCUUAUCUGACGCAGAGUAUCACUACCGCGGUACUCUUCGCAACGGGCGACACAAUGGCCCAGCAAGGAGUCGAGCGCCGCGGCCUCGAUAAGCACGACCUCGCGCGUACAGGACGCAUGGCCGCCUACGGAGGAUGCAUCUUCGGCCCCGCCGCAACAAAAUGGUUCGACUUCCUCGUCAAGCGCGUAAACCUGCAAUCCACAAACGGCACCAUCCUCGCGCGCGUAGCCUGCGACCAGUUCCUCUUCGCGCCCUGCAACAUGGCCCUCUUCCUCUCCACCAUGGCUUACAUGGAGGGUAACUCGCCCGUCCAGCGCCUCAAGGACGCUUAUCUGCCGGGCUACCAGAAGAACUUGAUGGUCUGGCCUUGGGUCCAGUUUACCAACUUCAAAUACGUGCCUCAGGAGAUGCGCGUCUUGGUUGUUAAUGUGAUCUCGCUCGGCUGGAAUUGCUAUUUGAGUAGCUUGAACUCCGCUGGGGGUACGAAGCCGAACCCGCCUGUGGGAAAGACGAAGGAGGGUGGGCAGUUGCCGCCUUCAUAG